AUGAGAGCACCUCCACAGCCAAGAAGAUCAAGACAUAGGUACGUGUCCCAAGUUCUCCAGGUAGUACAGGACGCUGUCACCCUUCAAAAGGCCCGCGAAAGAUGGCAUAUACACAGGCUUCACAAAGUGAAUAGGGCCAAUUGCCGUAACGGAAAGCCCGGAACAACCUCCAGGCGAGAAAACUCUGAUUUGUCAAUCAGACUAACAGAUAUUGCCAAUCAGCCCAGUGGUGUAGAUUUGCAAAAGAAAAGGCGUAUGCCAUUGCUUAUAGCUUCCUUUCCAAGGGGAUGCGGUAGAUCUCCUAGGUUUAACGCCUUGGAGAAGAAUAAAUGGUGUAAAGCAAUGAUUACACGCAGGAAAUACAAGUUAAAGUCCUUCAAUAGCGGAGCUGUUCCAAUCACAGGUAAAGGUAAAAAGCCCACUGGUGAUUAUUCUAUUAAGAAAGAAAUUGCCAAGCAUGCUCACAUGAAAGUCAACUACCAUAGAAAAGGUGUUAUGAACUCUACAUGUGUUUUGGUUGAUAUUAAAAAUAAUCAGCCCCCAGAGUACUUGACUUUUGACCGCGACUACAGUCUUCGUCUAUGUGACUAUCCUUCAUUAUCAAUAAGGAAGCCAGAAACAUUAUCAAUAAGAAAGUCAGAAGCAAAGGCCUGCUAA